CGCGUCGUUGUAGCUGCGAGGAACGACGACAAAGCGGCAACACGCUCGGCAAUGCACGGCAAUCGCCAUGAGCCGGCCUAGCUAUCUGCAGGAGCAGCUGCUCUAUCCGCAGCGACCGUCUAAUAUUAAACGCCUACGUCAGCAGGCAUUGCCCAUUUACGGACGCAGUUACUCGCUAGAGGAACAGGCUCAAGCAGCUGCUGGGAAUUUUGUGCCCGUUUACUCUAAAUUUCUAUAUCCAAAUCAGCAGCAACAGUUGCUGCAACAGCAGCUGGGACUGCACGAUUCACUCAAUUCCCUGGACAGCGACUAUACGGACUAUGACUAUGAUGGACCCUACAUUAUGGAGCAGCCAGUUGCAGUAGCAGCUCCUGCUCCUCCUGCACCCGCUUUAAAUGUAGUGCAGAAUCUGAACGCGUUGGGACGUCUGUUAGAGCUACUGCAGCGUUGGCCCCUGCCCCGUCUGUCCUUCAACACGGCCUGCAUUUGCUCGCUCAUCAUUAUAUUUAUAGCUCCUCGCACUUGUGCUCAGAGUUUACUGUUUCCCGCUUUCAGAUUGUUCUUCGGCACACUCUAUCCGGCCUAUGCCUCCUACAAGGCGGUGCGCACAAAGAAUGUCAAGGAAUAUGUCAAAUGGAUGAUGUACUGGAUUGUCUUUGCCUUCUUCACCUGCAUUGAAACAUUCACAGACAUAUUCCUGUCCUGGUUCCCGUUUUACUAUGAGGUCAAAGUGGUAAUUGUCUUGUGGCUGCUAUCGCCAGCCACAAAGGGCAGUUCCACUUUGUAUCGCAAGUUCGUGCAUCCCAUGUUGACACGACGUGAACAGGAAAUCGACGAGUAUUUGAAUCAGGCACGCGAAAGAGGAUACUCGGCGGUGCUUCAGCUGGGCUCCAAGGGUGUCAACUAUGCCACGAAUGUUAUCAUGCAGACAGCCAUAAAGGGCGGCGGCAACUUGGUUCAGACCAUUAAGAGGAGCUACAGCCUCAGCGAUCUCAGCGAGCCCGAUAUGCAUCGCACUCAGGAUGAACUGGAUGAGGUGAUGUCCUCGUCCGUAAUGAUGCGACCACAACCCACACGGCUAAUGCGCCAGCGUCACCACACACCAGUGGGACGUUCCGCCAGCGGCACACGCCAUUCAACUGGCAUGUAUUUCACCGAGGUGGAUGUCACCUCGCCCUCCGCCUCCUCAUCCGCCUCAACCUCUGGCAAGCACGCUGGCGAUUUCAACUACAACAUUCGGAGCACAGAUGACAUCAGCUCGGGUUACUCCAGCGCGGAGCCGGUUAGUGCGCCCAUGGGCAGCGGUCUUAGUCGCACCUCAUCCAUGACAAAUGCAUCCAAGGCUCGUGUGAAGUCCAAACGCAAUGAGCAACUGCUGGAAGAUAUGCGAGCUGAGGUAUAUUUAGAGAAUGAGCGUUACUUUCAAGUGGAUAGAGCACAACAAGCAGCAGCUCUUGUCCAGAGGCAGUUGCAACUACAAAUUGUGGAAAGCGAGGAGGAGAAUGAGAUGCAUACAGAGGAUGAUGAUGAUGAUGAUGAGGAUAGCUUCCAUGAAGCAUUGCCAUUAGUGGAUGAUGUAGAAUACACAACUCCAGGUGUAGAUGAAGUAAUCGAAAAAGCGAAGGAACAAGUGGAAACAGAGGAACUCACUGACAACGAAGAGUCCUUUAAGGAAGCCUUAAAUACAGCUCAAGUUGAAACUGAGAGCAAUUUGGAGACUGCACAAAACCCACAAGAAGUUAACUUAAAUGUGGAUCCCUUUCUGUUGGUUGUCGCUGAGUCGAGUCUGGAAUUGGAGGCAGCUCAAGGAGCUGCUAACCGAGCUCGUCCAGUGUCGCCACGUGAGCUGCUGGCAACGCUGGAGGAGAUCAAGCACAGUUUUCGUGCUCAACUGGAACCGGAGACGUCUCAAAUGUCACCAAUGCGUCCCAAGGCGCAACAUGCCAAGGGACGUGCACCAGCUCCUCCUCUGCCACCUCGAAAGGAAUCCCGUGCGUCACAAUCCGCUGACAAUGUGAGCAUCACAUCAAACACCUCACAUCAGUCGGAACGAAGCAAGUCAGGACAAAUCCAUGUCCGCUAGCUGCACAACUUUGCCUCGCAUCAGCAGCCGCAAGGCGGACAAAUCUCAGGCAACGACUGCUUCGGGCCAGGCCAAAACACGCAGCAAGUCCGACAAAUCGGAGAAGUAAUGCGUGCACCUAAAUCUACCAAACUUUACUUACUUAUAAACGAUAUACAUAUAUCUAUUAUGUCUAUUCCUGUCGAGAAUGUUUUUUAAAAUUAAUUUGCUCGGUGCUCAAAUUGGCCAAUGAACAAACAGAAAUAAGCAAACAAAUAUAAACCUCAUGUUUUAGUUUAAAUUGUAAUUAAUUAAAUACUGAUAUUAUAGGAAUGUUAGUGAUGAUCUUUGAUCGCAAAGAUCCCAAAGUUCAUCAUGAUAAUGAUACAUAUAAUUUGUUUGUGAUUACGUUCAUAGUGUUCCACUUAAAUUUGCAUAGAUAAUACUGAUAUUUGAAUAUGGAUAUUCGUUUCGUAGAUCGUUAGCGUUAAGUGAUUGAUGAUUGAUUGAUUGAUGAUCCUAUGCUACAUCCAGGUUAUCAAGGUUCUAUUGUACUAACCAAAAAACCAAAUUAACUAUUGAUAUCUAGUUUAAAUUCAAUGCAUUACAAAAAUAAAUAAUAAAUAUAUGUAAAUGGUAAAA